CGGGCGCUCCCGCCCUCAGCGGCUGCGCGGCCUGAGGCGGCCCUCAGCAUGGCGGGCGCUGCGCCGGGCCCGCCGGUGAAGGUGCUGGCGGCGCAGCUGCGGCGGGCGGAGCGGGGCGCGGGCGGCUCCUGGCAGCUGCGGCGGGCAGCGGCGGGCCGGGCGCCGCUGUCGCUGCGGGCCGUGUGGAUGCAGGGCACCGUGCUGGAGGUGCGGCGCGGCGCCGAAGGCGGCUCGGCCCGGCUGCAGGACGGCAGCGGCGCCUUCACCGUGCUGGGCGUGGAGCAGGUGCCGCAGGGCCGGCCGUGCCUCAGCGCAGGGAAGUAUGUAAUGGUGAUGGGUGUGGUGCGGUCCUGCAGUCCUGAGCCUGUUCUUCGAGCAAUAAAGAUGACAGAUCUCUCUGAAAACCCCGUCCAUAAGAACAUGUGGAACCUUGAAGUGGAGGAUUUGCACAGAGUCAUCCCCUAAUAGCUUUUAUUUUCUGUUUAAAAGAGAUGUAAAUUUGUUUUCUUUUGCCUUUUGGUGCAGAACAUUGGACUAUUCUGUGUAACCACUCCUGGAGUAAACCAGAAUAAGUUGGACUCAGUUAAGUGUAGGGACCAAUGUUUUUCUGAUAAUAAUCAUAGCGUUCAUGUCUUCCACUCUCUUUUUAUAUCAGCAUAUUUGAGAAGUGCCUAUUUGGUGUUUUGAGUAAGUUGUCCGUGCUAUUAAAGAGGCUGUAUGUUUGCUUCUCUGUGAGUUAGCUGCUGUUUGGGGGGAGCACAUGUUCUACAGCAGGGUGUUCAUGGCAGCAAGGGCUGCAGAGGGCUCGUGUUAACAGGAUGAACUCAGUACCAUGAAGGCAAAAGGUGUUCCAGCCCAUUUAGGCUGUGGUUGGAAAUAAUGGUUUUCACCUGUAUUUUCUGUUUCAGUAAUCACCAUGUCUGUAAACUACUUGUAAGACAGGUGUCAUUUGGUAACCAUUAACACUAUCUUGUACUUAAAAUACCUCUCUAGUUUCUGAAAUACCUAAAGUGGUAAUGACCCCUCUGUUCCAGUAAAGUGAAGUGAAUGAAAAGAUGCGAUGCAGGAUUCCUUGGAACAGGUUCUCCACGUGCAAGAUGUAAAUACUUUCUAUCUCUGGAAACAAGCAUUCCAUCCCUAAGUGCAUUUGUCUUUUUUAAGGUUUUUUUCUUCCAGUGUAUGUUAUUUUUAACAGGUUAAAUAUUUCUAAGUUAUGUUCUAUUCUUAUCUUUUAUUUUCCUCUGAAAAAAACAAACUAUGAAAUAGCAUCAAGAAAUCUAUAAGAAGUAGAAAUGUUACUAUUUAUUUUCCAUCUUGUCUAAAGAGAAUUUGGGUCCUUAUGAAUGCUUUGUGUAAUCUGUGUGGAAUGGCUUUGUGACUGGGGACUGUAUUGUCCAGCAGUAGAGUUAUAUUAAUUAGGCAUGCAUAUUGGAAGGGAAGAGAAUCUCUGAUUCAAAGCUCUGCAAUUCAAGACAACAAUCAAGUGGUGGUAAUUAAAUUUUUAAAUUGUGGGAUUAGGUUUUAAAAGUGUGUGGAAACUAGCAUGCUUUAAAUAUGUGAGAUCUUUGCAGACUAAGGACUGGAUUUUAGAGUACAAUUGCAGUCUUGAGUUUGGUAUUCCAAAUCAGAACACAUCACAGGCAGUUGGAUAGUAGAAGUCCUGUGCUCUGAGAUCUUGCUGAUGAAAUGCCAAAAAUACAGAGAUUAAUAAU